GCGCUGGAGCUGCACACGGAGCUGCUGGAGAGCGGCCGGGAGCUGCCCAGGCUGCGGGAUUUCUUCUCCAACCCGGGCAACUUCGAGAGGCAGAGCGGCACGCCGCCCGCCGGAGGGGGUCUGGGCGGCGGUGUGCUCGGCGGAGCCGGCGGCAGGGAGCCUGGCUCCGGGCAGCUCAAUCGCGCUGGAAGCAUCAGUACUCUUGAUUCCUUAGAUUUUGCAAGAUACUCCGACGACGGCAAUAGGGAAGCGGACGAAAGAGUGGCGGUCCUGGAGUUUGAACUACGGAAAGCCAAGGAGACCAUACAGGCCCUCCGAGCCAACCUGACUCAGGCUGCAGAAAAUGAAGUUCCUUUGCAGGAACGAAAAAAUUAUAAAUCAAGUCCUGAAAUUCAGGAGCCAAUCAGACCUCUUGAGAAAAGAGCUCUAAACUUCCUAGUUAAUGAAUUUUUAUUGAAGAAUAGUUACAAGCUUACAUCAAUAACAUUUUCAGAUGAAAACCAUGAUCAGGAUUUUGAAUUGUGGGAUGAUGUGGGAUUGAACAUUCCAAAACCUCCUGACCUUUUACAACUCUAUCGGGACUUUGGAAACCAUCAUGUUACCACGAGAGAUGUGGUGGAUGUAUCAGUUGGUGUAGAUGAUGAUGAGUUGGAGGCUGCCACCCCUAUACUUGGGACCGUUCCGGUAUUUGAAACAACACCACAAUCAAUAGAACAAUGUUUAAUAGUGCAGAAAUUAGAAGAUCAAAUUAGUGUGUUAAACAAUGAGAAAUGGUCUUUGAUGGAACAAAUCCAAAGACUUGAGAGUGAAAUAGAUUUCCUCAAGAAUGAAAACUUUGCCGUGUCUACAGUUUAUGGUGUAGCUCCCCAUCCUCCCUUAGAGCAAGUGCCUCACACAGUCUCAGAGGACAAUGGACGGUACUUGGAUAUCAAGAGCUCUGAGAAUGACAGUAAACAUGAAAACACUGAGGAAAAAAGCCUUUCAUCAUCAGCUGAACAUGAUACAAGGACUUCAAAAGAUGAUACGCUAAAUUCUGUCCCCUGUAAAGACACAGAGAAAAUGUCCUCUUGUGCUCCAUCAGCUAAAACUGCAGUGCACUUUGAUAAACCGAAUAGGAAAUUGUCACCAGCUUUCCAUCAAGCACUACUGUCUUUCUGUCGAAUGUCAGCAGAUAGUCGUUUGGGAUCAGAGGUAUCUCGAAUUGCAGACAGUGAGAAAAGUGUCAUGCUAAUGUUGGGACGCUGCCUGCCUCAUAUUGUUCCUAAUGUGCUGCUUGCAAAGCGAGAGGAACUGAUCCCACUCAUACUGUGUACAGCCUGCCUUCAUCCCGAACCCAAAGAGAGAGAUCAGCUUCUACACAUACUGUUCAAUUUGAUCAAACGACCAGAUGAUGAGCAAAGGCAGAUGAUACUGACCGGUUGUGUGGCAUUUGCCCGACAUGUUGGACCAACACGUGUAGAAGCUGAGCUUUUACCACAGUGUUGGGAACAGAUCAACCACAAAUACCCAGAGAGGCGGCUACUGGUAGCAGAAUCUUGUGGAGCACUAGCACCUUACCUUCCUAAAGAAAUUCGUAGUUCAUUGGUACUUUCCAUGCUGCAACAAAUGCUAAUGGAAGACAAGGCAGAUCUGGUACGAGAAGCUGUGAUCAAAAGCCUUGGCAUCAUUAUGGGAUAUAUUGAUGAUCCAGACAAAUAUCAACAGGGCUUUGAACUGCUGCUUUCAGCUUUAGGAGACCCUUCAGAACGUGUAGUUAGUGCAACACAUCAAGUGUUUCUACCUGCUUAUGCUGCCUGGACAACAGAACUGGGGAACUUACAGUUCCAUCUUAUACCUACACUGCUUAGUAAAAUUGAAAAACUGCUCAGGGAAGGAGAACACGGUUUGGAUGAACAUAAGCUACACAUGUAUCUAUCUGCUUUGCAGUCACUGAUUCCAUCAUUAUUUGCAUUGGUGCUACAGAAUGCACCUUUCACAAGCAAGGCUAAACUUCAGGGAGAAGUACCACAAAUAGAAGUCACUAGAUUUCCUCGACCUGCAUCACCUCUUCAGGAUGUGGCUGUCAUCAUCGGAAGCCGUGAACAAUUGGCAGUACUGUUGCAACUUUACAACCAUCAGCUAGAACAUGAGGGGACCACAGGCUGGGAGACUUUGCUAUGGGUAGUCAAUCAACUGUUACCACAGCUUAUAGAAAUAGUUGGCAAAAUCAAUGUAGCAUCAACUGCAUGUGUCCAUGAGUUCUCCAGAUUUUUCUGGCGACUUUGUAGGACAUUUGGGAAAAUUUUUACAAACACUAAGGUAAAACCACAGUUCCAGGAAAUACUAAGACUGUCUGAGGAAAACAUAGAUUCCACAGCAGGUAACGGAGUGCUUACAAAAGCUACAGUUCCCAUCUAUGCAACAGGGGUCCUUACAUGUUAUAUUCAGGAAGAAGACCGCAAACUGUUAGUUGGAUUCUUGGAAGAUGUCAUGACCAUGCUGUCACUAUCCCAUGCUCCUCUUGAUAGCCUGAAAGCUUCCUUUGUGGAACUGGGUGCAAACCCAGCUUAUCAUGAGUUGCUGUUAACUGUCUUAUGGUAUGGAGUUGUCCAUACUUCAGCUCUUGUUCGAUGCACAGCAGCUAGAAUGUUUGAGCUGACUCUUCGAGGCAUGAGUGAAGCAUUAGUUGACAAGCGGGUUGCACCGGCCCUUGUUACCUUGUCCAGUGAUCCUGAAUUUUCAGUGAGGAUUGCAACAAUUCCUGCUUUUGGGACCAUCAUGGAAACUGUUACACAAAGAGAGCUUCUGGAAAGGGUAAAAAUGCAGCUAGCAUCUUUCCUGGAGGACCCUCAAUAUCAAGACCAACAUUCUCUUCAUACAGAAAUCAUAAAAACGUUUGGAAGAGUUGGACCUAACGCUGAGCCCAGAUUUAGAGAUGAAUUUGUUAUUCCACACUUGCACAAAUUAGCCUUGGUCAACAACCAGCAGUCCGUGGAUUCUAAGAGACUGGAUAUUGCUACCCACCUAUUUGAAGCCUACAGUGCUCUUUCCUGCUGUUUUAUUUCAGAGGAUUUAAUGAUCAAUCACUUUUUACCAGGACUUAAGUGUUUACGAAUUGACAUGGAACAUCUCUCACCAGAGCAUGAGGUUAUUUUAAGCUCCAUGAUAAAAGAGUGUGAACAGAAAGUGGAAAAUAAGACCGUCCAAGAACCGCAGGGCUCGAUGUCGAUCGCUGCAAGCCUUGUGAGUGAGGAUACAAAGACCAAGUUUUUGAACAAAAUGGGCCAGCUGACUACAUCAGGUGCAAUGUUGGCUAACGUGUUCCAGAGGAAGAAGUAAGGUGGGAAAAGGAGCUCCCAACUAACACUAAGAUGGAUGGACCUCACAGAGACUGGUUCCUGUACUUGAAGUACUUGCCUUUUAAUUUCUUCUGUCUUAUGUUCUCGUAGUAUAAUUUUAUUCUAACCUCCAAAGAUAUUUGCACUGCUUUUGAAUAUCGCUGUGUAUCUGUUAAUUUUUGGGUUAACUGUGGUUGAUAUGAAACUGAAAUCAUAGUCUGUACCAAGUCCCUGUUCUGUGUUCUUGUCUUUCCAGCAUAUUUUUUUUAAUGUAGUGGAAGGGUUUUGGUUUUGGUUUUUUUUUAUUAUUAUUUUCUGACAGGAUAUCAGCAAAUAUCUGUAUUAUACAUGGAGCUAUUAUGACGGUACUUAAAAUAAUGUAAAUUUGAAGUCAUUGUCAUGAAGUAAUAAAAGUGAAGAUUACUUAUGUAUUUAAAUUAUGAAAGAGUAAUGCAGAUUUUUUUAUUAUGUUUCUAAAAAGAAGAGGAGGAGCCACCAGCAUUUGUCUGUGCUUCUAGGAUUGUUUUGUAAGUAUUGUGCAUCUUGAAUCCAGAGGAAUUGCAGUAUCUAAUGUAUAAGACUGCUUGCACCGCAUCAGUCUGCAGGGAAUGCUCAUGUUUCAGAUGCUUUAUGCUGACAUUGUAAAUGCUGUAAAAAUCCUUCAGAUAAAAUUCUCACAUCUGCUGUGGUUUUUUGAGGGAUGUUUUGUUUUGUUGGAGUUUUUGUUUUAUUUUGAAGCACUUUAACAACCAGUGUACACAUCCAGAGACACACAUAUGCUUAAGGCAAGGAAAAAUGUGAUAAUAUUAACAAACUAUAAGCUACUACAGGGGACCCAAUGCAGUACUGCAGGCAGAGUAACCUUAUGCAGGAGAAAGAAUGCUCUCAUCUUGCACUCACUGUGCAGUUCUGUGUACUAUGAAAGCUAAAAUUAGAAGAUUUUGUUGUUCGGUUUAAAUUUCAGUUCAAAUUUCAUUUCAGAAUAUUUGAAACUACAUUAAGGGAGUUUGACACACAAGCGUUACCUCGACUGAAAACAUAUUUUACAAAAGCAUUACAAGGAGUAUCCUGUAAUCAUGUGUUUUUGUUAGCAAGGAAGCAUUAAGAACCAGAUCCGUUCAUUUUUAUGCAGCACUUAUUUUUUUCCUUUAUGUCAGUGUAACCUUCUGAGAGUAAACUCAAGUGCAUGCAUAAACUGGUAAUAUGUGGUAAGAUGUAAAAGAUCAGGCAUUCUCUGACUCAAUGAACUUCAGUUGGAAGUAUAAACAUCUUUAAGGAUAGCACAGCAGAAGGAGUGAUGGGAGAAAUUACUAUCUCCUGAGACAGAAUAUAGAUGGCAGCACUUCACAUACUGCCCUCAGAAGUAAUAGAGAUCAUCUGAGCCUUCUGACUGCUUCGUGUUUGUGCCUGCUGGCUCUGCAUAGACGGUUGCCUGCCAUGUUUGUGUUGUGACAGGGCCUGCUGCACACUUGCACACUGUCAGUCCCUUUACACUGCACUGAAACAUUUUUCUCAAGAUUACAGACGGUUCCAUGCCUUCUUGUUGCUUGUUACCAUGAAAGUAUGCUUUUAGCAGACUGACUGUCAAUGGAGACAUUCCUGAGGAAUGGGAAGUGGUGAUGUUUCCUCUCUAUUGUUCUGUUGUCAAUAAAAAGUUUUGUAUACCUGC